GAGGCCAUGGCGGGCGCUUCAGGGCUGUGGGCGGAGGCGCGAGCGCUGCUGCCCGGCUCCGAGGAGGAGCUGAGCCUGGCGCUGAGCGGAGAGGUGGAUGAGUGCGUCCCGCCGCUGCUGCUCCGCGCUCGCGCGCUGCUUUACGAGGCGGCUCCGCCGUGCGAGGCGGCGCUGCGGCGGUUGGGCGACGUCCUCCGCGACUACGCCUGGGAGAAGCUGAACGCGGGGCCGUGGCGGGACGUCAGCAAGGCCUGGCGGCAGGUCUACGCCUACGGUUGCCUCUUCGGCGCGCUGGCCGAAGUCGCCGCCCGCCGCCCGCUGGCGCCCGCCGCCCGGCUGUGCGACAUGGGGCUGCUGAUGGGCGCCUCCGUGCAGGACAACGUCCUCGCCCGUCUCGUCCGCCUCCUGCAGGCGCACCUGCCCCGUGCCGACCGGCGCGGCGCGGCCCCGAGCAGCGCCAAGAGGGCGCGGACUGAGUCCCCCCCGGCGCCGGUUGUACGGCCCGAGGAUACGGUGCCACACGAGCGCUGCCCCUCGCUGGAGCACUUCAGAGACCGCUACCUGAUUCCACAGAAGCCCGUCGUCUUGGAGGGGAUUAUUGACCACUGGCCCUGCAUGAAGAAGUGGAGCGUGGACUACGUGCGUCAAGUCGCUGGGUGCCGCACAGUGCCCGUGGAGUUGGGUUCCCGGUACACAGAUGAGGAAUGGUCUCAGAAGCUCAUGACUGUCAAUGACUUCAUCAACCAGUAUAUUGUGAAUGAGAACAGCGUGGGAUACCUUGCCCAGCACCAGCUUUUUGAUCAGAUCCCAGAAUUGAAAGAGGAUAUCAGUAUCCCUGACUACUGCUGCCUGGGGGAAGGGGAAGAAGAUGACAUCACCAUUAACGCGUGGUUUGGGCCAGCAGGCACUAUCUCACCUCUUCAUCAAGAUCCCCAGCAAAAUUUUUUAGCCCAGGUAUUUGGAAGAAAAUAUAUCCGUCUUUGUUCACCACAAGAUUCAGAAAAUCUGUACCCGCAUGAAAGCCAACUUCUUCACAACACCAGUCAGAUUAAGCUGAAAUUGUCCCUGGUUUUGACUGUGGAAAAAUUCCAUCUUUUCUUGAAUAUAUCUACCUAUGACCUCACCAUAUGACAUGAACUCUUCUGUCAAAAGAAGAGACAAAAAAUGAGCAAUGGUACGACCUGCAAGUUUGGACUGUAUCGAGGCCUUGAUCAGGGAUUCAGCUGACCGUUUUAGCAGAGACCUUGAAGUGCUGUGUGAUCAGCUACUAGAAAACCAUGUAAAAAGUUAUAGGUGAGCUGACUGAGGAAUAUUCGCAAGCCCUGUGGUUCUAAUAACAGGUUUCUUUCUCAGUUUUGCAACUGAAACCAUACAAAUAUGGAAUACAGUGGCUGAGGAAGGCUUUGUGUAAUAAUUCAUUUGCAUAAAUCAGCUUUCGGGACUGAACAAAAACAUUUGUCUUUUGUUCACAAACGUGCACUGAGACUCCCAACCCAAAAUACAGAGAACUGCAUACACAAACCCACCUCCUAGAAAACUGUCUGGGCAUAAUUCUCUAGAAAAACAGGAAGGUCAAUGCCAGUUUUAUUGUAGGGUUAUUAAAACUUUAGAAAAAAUAAAUACAGUACACUGUUAAAUGUUACUAAUGAAUACAGUGCAGUCUGGCUAUUCUGCCAGAGAAUGGGAAAAUAAAAAUCACUAAAAGCAAAUUUUACUAACUUCAGCUAAAGCUACAAAGACUGAAGCUCUCUUCUGCUUACUCUUCUUGAUGAUGACUGGGAAUCUAUCCGACUCCUAUCUACAGAGAAAGGAAAAAAGCAAAGUUAAUGCAAAAAAAAAAAAAAGAAAAGAAAAGAUUAUAUGGUAGGACUUGCAGAUUUUUACAAUUCUUUACAUGUUCCUGUGUUCCUGUUCUGAAUGUCCAAUUUCUCUGGUUAAAUUGAGAAAUUCUCAAACAAGUUUGCACUCUUCUUUGAAACUCAGUAUUUCCAAAAGUUUUAGUGUUCCUGCUCGUCUUCCAAAAUGUUAAUGCUGUUAUAAACAGUAUGCACAGGAUCUGCUAAUGACCACAAGACAACCUGUGCAGUUUCAGGGCUGAGUAUGGUUCACUUAGAAACACACAACUGAAGUCAGAAAUAUCUGAUAUUCAGCUACAAUUAUAAGUAAUUUCAGGCAGUGCCAUUGAAUAUCACAGUCCAUUCUUAAAUAUUACACCUUUUAAAAAGAUGUUACUUGGUACCUGGGAUCUCAUAAGGCCAGAAAUCAUUACACUGAGGACAUCGUGGUCUAGACUGAGUUUUGAAGUACUUUCCAACACAAGGUAAAUGCAUUCCAGUUCCACAGGUUUCGCAUGCUUGGCUCUGAAAUCAGAAGUGUUACUAGAAAAGCUUUCUAAUCUACCCUUCUGUCACAAAAGGCUUCAAAUAAACGAUAGUUUAUUCCCAACAGUAAUUCACAAGUUACAGUUGAAGGACACUCAGAAAUCAAGGCUGGCAAAGCAUAAUAGGAAUUAUUUUCCUGGAAGCCAGGAAAUGCCAUUUUCCUACGUGGACAUAAUUUAGCUUGAAAGACAAAUGCUGAGCAAUUUGGCUGCAGUAAAGGAGAGCAAUUACAAUGGAAAAAGUAACGUUAGGGAAGGAAGUUAGCUGAGAAGAUGGAAGAAAAGAUUCAAGGGCAAGAUGCAAGAGAAUGUAAUAGUUCUAGAACAGGAGUUCAGGUUGCAAUCUCUUAUGCAAGACUAAAUUGCAAACUUGCCAGGUAUCAACACACAGUGCCUUAGUAAGCUAUGUAUAAAUACACUUUCAUUCUUAAGUCCAUUGUGAUCAAUUCCUGAACCAAAAUUGCACAACCAAAGACAAAUAUGUGUCAUAUGGAAGAUUACAGUUAUCUACGUUAUAUUACAUUAUAAACGUGAGUAAUAUUACCAGAUUACAAGACUGGAAUUUUCACUGCCUGCCUAAUACUUGAGAGAAAGUGUCACAAACUUCCACUGUGACAGAAACCCAUUUGCAGAUACUGAGGUAAUCAGAUGCAUUACCUGGAUGGCAAGGCUGUGACAGAUAUUACACUUCUUUGCUAUAUCUGGAUAGGUGCUGAGAAUGUAUUGUUCCAUCUCCAUUAUGCAGCGAGUAUGCAGAGUAUAUUCCCCAUUUCUCUAUGGAAACAACAACUGAGAUUAGCAAUAUCCCUUAGUUCCUUUCUUCAUUUUGGACCUUUCUCACCGCCUGUUAGCAAGCACUUGACAUUCAAAGGGUUUUUUUUCUGCCAUCAUGAAAAAAACAUUCUUACACUGAUAAAACACAAAGCCAAAAUGCUUUCGAAGAGGCAGAGCUCAUUUACUAAGAGGACCAUAAGAAAAGUCACACUUUUAACAAAUACAGACCUUGAAAGGUACAGAUGAGCGAGUAUGUUCUCCUUAAGGGGUAUCGUAGGGGACCCUUCAUUUGCACAUCAGUGGAACUUCUGGUUUUCUGCAAAAUCUGAGCGGCUACUACUUGAG